AUGAGAUUCCCAGUUCUGGUUGUGCUGGUCGUGCUGCUUAAUGCUUUAGUCUGUGAUGAUCAACAGAUCCAGACCAGACCCACACCACAGCAGCCCAAAGUUUCCACUUAUCCGGUUAAGGAUGUUUCUCCAGGCAAAGGGAAGGAUCAACAAAAGGAUCAAUUGAGUGAAGAUGAUGUGACUGCUACCACUGCACACACUCCCUUGGAUGAAACCACACCAGAAUCUACAGAACAUAACCUAGAUGUGGAUGAGGAUGAUGGCCAAGGUGAUGACGACAGUAGCCAAGGUGAUGGCGAUAGCAGCCAGGCUGCGGGAGAUGAUGGCCUAAGUGACGAUGAGGAUUCUAAUGGCAAUUCCUCUGAGGAAGGUGAAGAUGACACUGACAGCCAAGCUGAAGAUGGCCAAGGAGACAGCGCUGAGGAUUCUGAUGGCCAGUCUUCUGAGGAUUCUGAUGGCCAGUCUUCUGAGGAUUCUGAUGGCCAGUCUUCUGAGGAUUCUGAUGGCCAGUCUUCUGAUGGCCAGUCCUCUGAGGAAGGAACUGCUGUCCACCCAACCAGGGACCGGGUGAUCGCCGAAAAAGAUGCUGUCGCUAGGAGACACUGAAUCUCUUGCACAACUAACUAGACUGGUCUGUCCUCUUGUUGCCGCUUGACUUUAAUGUAUGACCUUUUGGACAAGAAAUAAAAAGAAUAAAUCCA